UCAUGAUACCAAUCUUUGGAUCUUUGUAUGUUAUCUUGUUUUUUUUUACUGGAUAAUAAGAACUGCUUCAUGUACAUACAGUGUUUGGUCUUCAGCUGAUAUGUUUGAGUAAAACUGAACAAAUGACUUAAGUCCACAGAACGUCAUGUAAAUUGAAGUUGAUUGAGAAACUUGUAUGUUAAUUCAAUUGCGUUGAUGAUAAACAGCCUGAACACGAUGGCGUUAAAUGAACCAAAGAACAUCAAACCAGCUAUCUUAAUUGUCAUCAUUGGCUGCCUUGGGGUAAGUGCUGUUUGCAAACCAGGUUGGAAAGAACAUAGCUCAUCUUGCUACAAGUUCACAGAUAUUCAAAAGAAUUGGGAGAAUGCAAACACAUACUGCCAAAGGCUUGGUGGCAUGUUGUUGGUCAUUGAGUCAGAGGAAGAGAAUGAAUUCAUUGCUGAAGAAAUGAGAAAUUCAGGCAUGUCCAGGGCCUGGCUUGGUUGUAAUGAUAUAAGCAUGGAGGGCACAUGGGUGUGUUAUCCUGAAGGUCUCAAGAAAAUGCGGUAUAAAAACUGGGAUGGAGGAAAACCAAACAACAUAGAAGACCAGGAUUGUGUAGUAAUAAACAAGAGGCAAGGCAAGUGGAAUGACAGGGUUUGUGGCUCCAGGAAUGAGAUGUACACCAUAUGUGAGUCAAGCAUCAGUCCAGUCUCUGCCUUGUCCUGCUACGUUCUUGGUCUUGAUGGCCGCAUUUGGAAGGAUGUUCAGAACCAUGCUGUGAUAACCACACUGAAGAUGGGGAUAUUGUUGGAACUCCUACACCUAAAGACAACUCUCGUUGUUGUCUUUAUUUUGUUCUUGUGUCAUGCUGGUGUGAAUGCUUUUUGUAAACCAGGUUGGAAAGAACAUUGCUCAUCUUGCUACAAGUUCACAGAUAAUCACACAGACUGGGAGAAUGCAAACACAUACUGCCAAGGGCUUGGUGGCAUGCUGUUGGUCAUUGAGUCAGAGGAAGAGAAUGAAUUCAUUGCUGAAGAAAUGAGAAAUUCAGGCAUGCCCAGGGCCUGGCUUGGCUGUAAUGAUGCAAGCAUGGAGGGCACAUGGGUGUGUUAUCCUGAAGGUUUCAAGAGAAUGCAGUAUACCAACUGGGCAGAGGGACAACCAGAUAACAAUUGUGGUGAUCAGCAUUGUGGCAUAAUAAGGCAUGGCAAGUGGAAAGACAAACGAUGUAUCAACAGGUAUGUGUACACCGUAUGCGAGACAAGCAGCAGAGUCUCUGCCAUGUCCUGCUACAUUCUGGGUCCUGAUGGCCGCUUUGACCCUUAAACCUCUAGGUUUCUAAACAGCACACCUACACAUGUACCCCUUCAUUGACACAUGUAGACCUGCAUGCACAGGCAUCUUAACUAUGUGGACGAUGCUGUAUUUUCAUGUACAUGUAGAUGACUUAAAACGUAAUGCUACCGUGGCAGUUUUCCUUCAGACAUAACAUUGCUUCAGUAGUGACUGGAGAAACUCGUAUCAUCUCAGCUACAGGUAUCAUCCCACAAAUCGGUACUUUAACUCUGAUUCCAUAUGAGUCAUAGUGUGAACCAGUCUGAUCUGAUUUGACAGUUGCCGAGACAAAACUGCUUUCUGACUGAAAUCCAUGAAGAGGAUCACUUCAUGAUUUGUGCACACCACUUUGGAAGUGAACUGGAUUUCACAGUGUUACCUAAUGGCGUUUAAAAUGACAGGUCAAACUGUCGGCCAGUAUCUGGCGACUGUCAUGAGUUUUGAUGUGUGAGGCGUUCUGGCACAAUGAGACAGAACUGGGCAG